AAAUAUGAGUACCUCUACCUGCAUGAACUUUGUUCUACUCUCAUUUUUCAGUCACCUGGAUCAUGCCCAAGCUGUGUUGCCUAAAAUGAGAUGGGGAAGAUAGCUUUGAAAUUGUUGAGGCCUGCCAGAAUAGAUAAUAUCCUCACAAUUUCAACACACGCCCAAGAGCAGACAUCACUACGUAAACAGCCAGCUCUGCUGCAGCUGCCCCGCUCUCCCACUCCACCAAGAAGACUGCUCUGCUCUCUCACUUUGCCAAGAUGCAAGCCAACGGAGAUGAAUUUUCAGCAGUUCUGGCCUUGUCCUUCGGAGAAGACGUCAACGCUCAUUUGUGGACCCUGGCGCAGACGAAGCAAGUGCCUCAGGCAUUACGGCAUACGCCUUUGGGUAUAAUUUUGUCUUCACUUCUUGUGUAGUAAGAGUAAGUAGGUUACUAGUUCGAGUACUAGAAGUGAAAUUUCAUAACGAGAAAUUAUUUAGCUUUAGCUGCAUCGGCAUACUUCGUGUACAAGAAAAAAAAAAAUAGAAACUAGUUGUUCAUGCAAGAACCUCCAACAUGAUAUCCAGGUGAUUGCCUCUUUAGAACCAUGAUGGAAGGCGCGGAUGAAAUAAGCGAAUCAGUUACUUAUUCCGAAUCUGAACGAUCUUCGCCUGCGAAUUCACCGCUUGCUUUUUUCGGACGUGGAGGAGGUGAACAGAUCACGAGCGAUCAAGAAAGCGUUCCUCUGACGAGGAGAGAUGAUCGGAACGAAGAAGUUUCGAUGGGACACGCAGUUCUUCAUAGUCGUGCUGCAGAAGAUGAGCAGCGCGAAGACACACAUCAUGAAGAUGUACAAGCAUUUAUGGAAAAUAUGGGGCAAGCGCAAGUAGAAGAGGAGCAUCAUGUUGAAGAUGACCAACAAGAAACUGUUUCUCAUGCGGAUACAACUACUCACAAAAAGCGUCAGUUUCAAGCGUCUGAAAACUACUACAACGAAAAUAUGAGUGCCCAAAAAGAUGAAGAAGAUCCUUCCUCAUUGUCUGACUUACGCAACCGACUAUGCGCAAGGCGCUACCAGGUCGCGGCAGCUGGACUUCAUCGUUCUAGGGAAGAUGAAGGGGAAGAUAUUACUACUAAUACUAUUGCUAAUAACAGGAGGAAUUUAGAACAUCAAGACAUCUUUGCUCCCUAUUCUGAACCCGCCGAUCCACGGGUACCACGUCAGAAGCAUAAAGGUCUAGGACAACUAGGAGAAGGUCCAGGUUUGCAGAAAGCGAUCAUGCAGGAAAGCGAUCAUUACCACUUGUUCUACGCAGCAAACGCAUCGGAAAGAAUAGAGCAGUACAACUAUGUUGAAGAAGAUUCCUCGCACGUCCUACAACCAGUAUCUUAUCAUGGUGAGGACGUUAAUAAUCUUAAAAAUCAACAAUCAUCCCAAGAACAAGAGCGCUUGCCUUUCCUGCGAUGCGCCCUUUGCGGCAGACAAGAGAAGAGACAGCGAGCUAGUCCAGAAAUGUUCGCCUUACCUUGUGGCCACUGUUUCUGCCUAGAGCAUGUUGACUAUUUGCGUGGUCAUUGCAGUAUGCGGAUACCUACGACCACAGGGGAUGGAGGAGAACGUUACACUGUAAAGCAAGAUGAGCCGAAAGAACUACACAAGAGUAGGUUACAAGCUCAACGAGGAGACUGCAAUGACAAGUAUACUAGUGGUCAUGGGCCGGAUCAUCUUCGCCAGGGCAACAAGAAAAAAGUUGAGCACCACCUAGUAAACUCUAGAAGACGAGCAACGCGCAGACUUCGGAGAGGACUCACUGGUGACAUUCUUAGCAUAACGUCGACGAGAAAUAGGCGUAGCUGGAGUUGCGAUAGGAUUGGGCACGCAACGUUUUGCUUGGAUGGCGUCGUAGAGGAGCAAGAGGACGAGCUUGAGGCUGCUCAGCAACCUCGACAUCGAAGUUCUACGAGAACUAGAGGUCCAUCUCCUGGUUGGGAGGAUAAAGAGGACGAGGAGCAAGGCGGAAAUAUAAUGAUUUGCCCUGCUUGUGGGGCUUUUUUCUCGGAACAUGAUGAACAUACUUAGAAGUACGUAAAAGAAUGUACACUGUAUUUUGGCAAGACCUCACCUGCAUACCAAGCACUGCAUUUGCUGACAUCAUAUUUUACAGCACUUUCACAUAUACAUGCUCUUUCUGAUAAGAGUGAAGAUUCUGAAGCAAUAAGAGAGAAG